AUGUACAGAUUCACAAAAACCCACAUGACCUCCCCCAUGUACAUCCCCAGCAUGGGCAUGGCCCCUUUCUUCAAGGUGACCGUGUUCGAGCAGGAGCAUUUCCAGGGCAAGUGUCUGGAGUUCACCACCGAGUGCUGCAACAUCCAUGACUGCGGCAUGGACAACAUCCGCUCCAUCCGGGUGGAGAGUGGAGCCUGGGUCGGGUUCGAGCACCACGACUUCCAGGGCCAGCAGUUCAUCCUGGAGAGGGGCGAGUACCCCAACUGGGAGAGCUUCAGCGGCGCCCUGUCCUACCACACCGAGCGCUUCAUGUCCCUGCGGCCCGUCUACUGCGCUUCCCACCGCAGCAGCCGCAUGACCAUCUUCGAGAGGGAGAACUUCACGGGCCGCAACGCCGAGCUGUGCGACGACUUCCCGUCCCUGCAGGCCAUGGGCUGGUUCAGGCCCGAGGUGGGAUCCAUGCACGUGCAGUGCGGCGCGUUCGUGUGCUACGAGUACCCCGGCUACAGGGGCCAGCAGUACAUCAUGGAGUGUGAGAGGCACAGCGGAGACUACCAGCACUGGAGGACCUGGGGGUCCCACUGCCAGACCCCCAAGAUCCAGUCCAUCAGGCGCAUCCGGCACUGA